UCCUAUUGGAGAAAGGCCUUUAGGGUACAGCCACACGAACUUAUGUAUGCAUGAUGCAUGCAUGCAGAAACAUUUGACUGUUCACACCUCAAUUUUCCGCUUUCGAAAAAUCAUUUUUCUGGCGGGAUAUUUAAAAUUGAUUAAAAUUUAAAAAUAACGUAUUACUAAUUAUUACAAUAAAAAAUGAAAAAAAAUUAAACGUUUAUUAUAAGGAAUUAAUUGUAAAUAAAUUUCUCUUAAUUUGUGGCAUAUUUUAAAUACACUGGAGCUUCACUUAUUUUCAGUCUCACUUAUUUUCAGUUAAAAGGUUCUCCGUGCGUUCUCAUUGGUUGAUGUUAAAGAAUCCACCAAUCAAAUCAACUCGAAUGUUACGUUUCAGAGUGAAAAUAAGUGCGACUUUGCCUUUCAGUUUGUUUGGACUUAGUGAAAAUAGGUUUUUUUUUUCGCUAGCUACACUUUCUACACUAUGUACAAAAGUGUACACUACGGCGUUCUCGUUACCAGAAGUGACGCAAUAGUGUACACUAAACAUACACAUUUGACGCGACAGAAAAAAAGUUGCCAUUUUAAAAUGCAUGUAAUGAAUUGCGUUUGCAUUAUAGGCAUAAGACAACAUGUCUAUUGCUAAAAGCUCCACUAAUUUCUUUUACUUUUAAAAACUUAUUAAAAAAAGAUAUUUUAAAAUUAUUAUUAAAUAUUUUAUGAACAUAAAGGAAUGAUAUAUUUCUUUGUGACUUUUAAUUUAUAAAAUUAAAUUAAUAUGCAAUUCUUAUUUUGGUAUGCAGUUUACAAUCAACAUAGAGUCAAUCGGCUUUGCACGAUGCACAAUUUUAUCAUGUCAGAUAGAAAACAAAUUAGUCGAAAUAGAUGUUCCUGAAAUCUUUCAACAUUACUUAAAAUCAGUUACAACAAAACCUGAAAUUAUAGAAACUGCAAAAGCAUCAUGCAGCAGAGAAAGCGGUCCAUUUCAAUGGACAGAUGCAUCGACAAAGUUGUUUUUAACUUUGUACAAAGAAAAAAAAAUUUAGUUUCCCAAAGGAAAUUAAAAACUUUAAAACAUAUGUGGAAAUUAAUUAGCGAAGAAAUGGCCAUCCACAAUUAUCAUAUUACGGCAACACAAGCCGAAAAUAAAAUGAAGACGAUGGAUACAGCGUAUAAAAAUAUGAUAAGUAAUAAUAAAAGAACAGGGAGGGGAAGAGCAACGUGCAACUUCGAGGAUGAUUUAAAUGAUAUCCUGGGGAAGAAACACAAUAUUGUACCUCUGGUGAUUUCCUCUUCCAGCGGUUUGACUGUACGCAAAAAUGAUAACGAGGAAUCAGCAACGCCAACUUCAAUAUCUCUCCCUUUGAUGAUUCCUGAGCCCGAGGAGGAAGAUUCCCAUGAAAGUGAAAAAAAAAGAAUAAAAAAAAUAUCAAAAACUAUAAAAAGUGAUGAAAUUCUUGAAACCGUUCUUCAAGAAAUAAAAAUAAAUCGGAGAAGUCGAGAAGAGUAUCAAGAGAGGAUGAUGGGAGAGUUCCAGAAUUUUAUGGAAAAUACCAUAGAACACAGGGAGAAGAUGAAGCACAUUGCCGAAAAAAGUUAGGAAUUCUUGAGGAUUUAAAAAAGAUCCUUACAGAAAAAUUAGAUAUAAUUUAAAAAAUUGUUGUAAGUUG